GAGUGGGUCAUCAGCUGCAGACAGUCAGGUGUGGUCGGCGGGGAGACGUUCCGACCGGAGCGGUGAUCUAGCGGACUCCACCGGGACGGGGACACACACACAACAAAGAAAAAACCCAACAACUUCCACCGCGGAUCUGUAAACAUGAUCCACAGACAGAACAACAACAACAACAUGGGCAAACACCUUUUAAACCUGAGCUGAAGAAGCAAGAAGCGAGAGCCCUCCUCGUGUAAUGAAACAGGGAACGGUUUACUUUUCAUCCAACCACCAGACUGAACAACUGAAGUGAAAUUUAAGGGAUCACAAUUUAAAGGAAACUCAGCGGCUGAAGCUCCUACUGAAGCGCAGCAACAAAAAAAAAGAGGAACGUCUCAGUUUCUUGCUUCUUCUUUUUUCUUUUUAAAAAAAGGGAUAGAGUUGAUGAGUGAGCGGUGGAGUAACCCUGGGAAAUAACUGAAUUCACGAUCAAGUCGUCAAAAACCGCAAAAAGCCGAAUCCCUCUCAUCACAGAGCCUUUAGACGUGUGACGUUCAGUGUCUCAAUGUGAAGACAUUGCAUUCGAUGUUGGACUGCAUCCAAAAGGAGAAAGGAGGGAGUGUCCACAUUGCUGCACUGACAGAGCAGUGACUUUACAAAAAAAAUCAAUAAGUGAAUGUUGGAAGUCCCCUUCAGGAGCGUCACUGGGUGGAUCUGGAAAUAAAGGUGAAGACAUAUGGGAAUCAUUUCCCCGCUGGCUGCUGUGGUUUCACUUUGAAACUUAAGAGAAAAACCUGUGAGCAUUUGAACUGAAACUUAAAAAAGUGCAGAAAUUCACCUGGAAAUGUCCUCUUACUGUCACGGGAGUGCCUGUGAUCUUUGGACAAACUCUUCUUCUGCUGCUGCUGCUGCUCUGAGCUCGUAGCAUUGAGAGGUGGAGGAAAACACAAACACUGGGGGAGAUAAGGAAUAUCACCUGUACUUUGGGAAUUCAGUAAGACGCCGUCCAAAUGGCGGGGAAAGACUACAAUCAUCUCUUUAAGCUGCUCAUCAUUGGAGACUCCAAUGUGGGGAAAAGCAGCCUCCUGCUCCGCUUUGCAGACAACUCCUUCUCUGGCAGCUACAUCACCACCAUCGGCGUCGACUUUAAGAUCCGAACAGUAGACAUCGAUGGAGAGCGGGUUAAGCUGCAGAUCUGGGACACGGCGGGGCAGGAGAGAUUCAGAACCAUCACAUCAACGUACUACAGAAACACCCACGGUGUCAUCAUUGUUUACGACGUGACAAACCCAGAGUCGUUUGUGAAUGUUAAGAGGUGGUUAAAUGAAAUCUCCCAGAACUGCGACAGCGUCUGCAAGAUCCUGGUGGGAAACAAAAAUGACGACCCUGCCAGGAAACAGGUGGAUACUCAGGACGCUGUGCGUUUUGGGGAGUCGAUGGGGGUUCGGGUGUUCGAGACCAGUGCCAAAGAGAACAUAAACGUAGAAGAGAUGUUCAUGGCCUUCACACUCAUGGUGCUCCGGGCCAAGAAGCAGAGCCAGAACCGAGCCGAGAGGGAACGAGAGCGGGAGAAGGACACCGUCAACAUCAACGCCCACAGGGACCGAGACCGCAGGAAGAGAGGGAAGAAAUGCUGUUGAGAAGAGACGGACGGACGGACAAAACCACUUAUCGCUCAUCGCUUGCACAAACAAAAAGCAUUGAAACAAGAUUGGGAAAACCGUGCCUUAGGAGAUGCAGAUAAGAAUGUUUGAAACUCUUUACUAUGCCAAGUUACGACACAACAGGCUUCAGGUCCGUCUGCGUAACUGGGCCGGUUGUGAAUGGAACUGAGGCAGAGGGAUUUACAGUCUGCGAGCACUGACGGCGUGUAGCAGCCGGGAGGAUACACGAGUUAAAGGAUCAUUCUGGUGAUUUGGAUUUUCUUUUGUCCAUUUACUAUAAAUCACAUUCAAAGCGUGGUGUGAUUCUUCAGACGGACAUUGUUUGUCGUCCUUCCAAGACAUCUCUGUAGCUAGAGGAUGAACCCCAAUAUCUUCAGUGACCCUUGACCUUUUUAUUAGUGCCAACAUGAGGAAAAUACAACAAAUCUAUCAGGCAAGUUGUUGUGAAAUUAAAGCACAUUCACAUACACUUCACGACCGUCCAGCCCAAAUAUCUACUCUAAGGGUCCAUAAAGAACUUUGUUUUCUAUUAUCUAUUAAUCUAAUACUUUCAGGAUUAAACAUUUAUUAAUCUGUAAUUGUCUGUAAAACAUAAGAAAAAAACUUGUCACAGUUUCCAAGAAGCCAAGUCGAUGCCGUCACGUCUUGUUUGUUUGAUCAACAGUCCAAAACCCAAAGACAUGUUUGGAUCAAAACAUUUCAGUUUCCACAAGUUCCUCUCCAGCCUGACAUGAAAUGUGUGGAUAUUUAUGCGUGUCCUGAUAGUUUUGGCGACCUCCAACCUUUCUUAAAAUCAUAAAAUUUAUUGGGCCGAUGCCAUAAAUUUAGAGCGUCUCUUAAUCUUUCAGGACAAACUUCACAUUUUUUGCACAACUUUCAGCUGUCUUCUUGGAAAUGUGCUUUUCGUCCCAUCCAGCCAGUUCCCGCUGAAGACGUUGACAUGUGGCUCGAGACAAUCCAUCGCACCGUUCUGCUAAAAGUGAAAAGCCUGCGCUUCAUUUCCACAAACAAGAAACAUAUCUGGAAAAAGUCAGAGCAGACAUGAUGCAACAUAACUUAGUUACCUUUUUAAAAUCUCUGCAAGUUGAUUUUACUGAUAGAAAUAGAAAUAACUGUAAGGGUUAAUACAAUCUGCUUUAAAGUGGGGCGGUGUGAUAUAAAGUGUAUGUGAUUGUGAUGAAUGAGCUAAAACAUACUGAAACACUGAGAUGAUCCUUUAACUGUCCACUAGUAAACCACUGUUCUGUGCCGAUGUUGUAGUUGUUCCGUUGGUUUUCUUAAUACAGUAAAAGUAUUUUACCACUGAAAGGGAACCGUUUGUUACUAAGUUGUAAUCUCGACACACUAACAGGUGUGAUGAGUGACGUCUGUAUGCCUUAUUUCAGUUCAAAUGAGGCAAGUAAUCCAAGACUACAGUAAGUGUGUAACCUCGACGCAGUAAAAGCCCAAACGUCUUUAGUAGGUUGUUUUUUUUUUUAUGUAAAUCUCUGUUGCCUAGCAAAAUGUGUCCAAAUCCAAAUAAAGCAAUAAAUCCAGAGUGA